AUGUCUAAAAGUAUGAGUACGAAGAAGCACUUGUCUGACUGCAAUGGAUCAGGCGAAGCAUGUGCUUUUGCGAUUCCAGAGCUCCCGCGAGGUGAGCUCUUUCGAUUCAUCCUGUGCAGUUCGUGGGAUGAUGCCCACUUCAUUGGUCUCAACGCUAUCGAACUAUUUAAUACGGCUGGUGAGAGACCACAGAUCGACGAAAUGAAAACAAAUGCGACUAUAACGCGUGGUUCUUUGGAUAAUGUAUUCAAGAAUGGAGAAGUGAAUUUAUCUACUAAUGAUCCAUGUAAAAUGUGGUCUGCCAGGUACGAUAAUCUGGCAGAAUUACUUCACAUUGAAAUCCGCCUCAAAAAACAGGAAAGUAUUGCGAUGAUCCGAAUUUGGAAUUAUAACGAAUCGCGUGUUCACGCACUGUGCGGUGUGCAUGAUCUUCGGAUCGAAUUGGAUGGUGUAACAAUAUUUCAGGGCGAGAUAUCAUGUGCAUUUACUUUUGAAAAUGAAGAAGAAUCCAUGGGUGAUACGAUUCUAUUUACAACAAAUGAUGCCAUAUUGGAACUAAUCGCUGAAAACGACAAGUGUUUACGAAGAGAUGAAAUAAUGCGGAGUGCUUUGGAUCUUCAAGAACUGGGGAACGACCUUGAAGCGCCGUCAAGAACAGAAACAAUAAGUGCGCCAAAUGCUCUCAGACCAUCUACUGGUGAUCGACGACCUCGAGUUCGAAGUACAAUUCGAUCCACUGAUCAAAAAUCAACAAAUAUUGAUGUCGCUGAAGAAAAUAUUUCAAAACUAUCUGUUCAUAGCUGCAUUACAGAAAAAGAUGAUGGAAUAGAAAAUGAUGAGAUGAAAGCAGAACAAGAAGAUAUUGGUCUUUUUUUACUUAAAGUAUUUCACAUAGAACUUCUGGAAAACUGGGGUGCACCGGAUUGCAUUGGCUUAACGGGUUUACAAUUUCUCGGCCCGCAUGGUAUCGUUUUGGAUCCUUCAGACUGCAGUAUAACAACUUCUACUGCCACACAAACUUCUCACAGGUUAUUGAAUGGGAGAAAUUUAACAAGAAACAGGGAAGAUAUGUGGCUUUCAUCGUAUUCACGUAAUUCACCACCAGUGCGAGUAACGGUGACGUUCGCGGAACCUAUUAUAGCUUCAGGUAUCUGCGUAUGGAAUUACAAUGCUUCACCGGAAAUGUCAUAUGCUGGAGUACGUUGCAUCCAAAUAUAUGUAAAUAGUAAACUGCUUCAAGGUCCCAUACUGCUAAGGAAAGCUCCAGGAUAUAUUCAUUUUGAUUACGUACAAGAUAUCAUUUUCAACAAAUGCAUCCUUUAUAAGCCUAUAUCUAGGCCACAGACACAGUCUAUUAACGGAUUUACAUAUCAGUUACGGUUGCAUUGCAGUUGGGGUGAUGAAUACUACAUCGGUCUAAACGGGAUCGAAUUUUACGAUCAUCGCGAGGAACUUAUCAAACUUCUCCCACAAAACUUGGCAGCAUAUCCGGAGAGUGUGAAUGUAUUACCGAAUGUUAACGAUGAUCCACGAACAAGCGACAAACUGAUUGAUGGUUUCAAUGAUACCGAGAAUCCAUCACAUAUGUGGUUAACACCAAUAUUGCCUAAUCGUUGUGCAAGAGUAUUUGUUGUGUUCGACUUUCCAACGUACGUAUCACGUAUCAAUAUAUAUAACUAUCGGAAGACAACAGAACGGGGAGCGCGGCUUGUUACUAUAUCGGUUGACGAUCUGAUCGUGUUCAGUGGUGAGGUACCACAAAGUACGUCAUACAAAACCGGUGUUUUGUCAAUCUCGCUCCGAGAAGAAUGA